GUCAGUUCGGCCGAGAACAUCGUCGCGUGCGGAUCGCAUUCUGUCGCGUUGCCGUUCGGUAAAGCUUCGAGGACGGUGGUGGAAAAAGGGGGUUCGACGGAAUACGUGGUGACGGCAGGGAAAAGGAAAAUUUUAAAAUAAUCUACAGAGGACUGUGAAGUGUAUUCUGUCGUGAAAAGUGGUGUGAAAGGAGCCAAUUCAAAAAAAAAAUCACCAAGACUGUGUACUAAAAGUGAUAAGCAAAGUGUUACCAAUUUUAGAAAAAAAAAAAACAAAUUGAGAAGCAAAACGAAAGUCAGAAUCGUGUGUUAUUGAAAGUGAUUUGAGUUCCUACGAAAAAAUAUUAUAAAAGCCAAAUGCAUUUUAAGCGAUGAAGUGGAUACGGAUAAUUAAAGGCUGUUAAUUAGGUGGAAAUCUCUUCAACGCAAAUAUUAAAAAACCUACAGCCCGAAUGCGAAGGUGAUUAAUCGAGGCACGUCGCACCACAGUCUUCUGGCGCUCCGGGCGAGCAGUUUCGGCUGGGACCAGCUGUGGUCAAAUUUUAAUCAACAAAAGAGGAUGAAUUUACGUUCAAACGGGCUUUCGGCACUCGACGACAGUGGACGUUAAGCUGAUCGGGACUCAUCGACGCGAAGUAAUCGUGCGUGUGUGAGUGUGUGCGUGUUUGUGUGCCCCCCAAAAACACAGCUCCAACAUAAGCCAUCUUGAUAUGUGAAAAUGAGACCGUGAGCGAGAAGUGUCCCGGUCUGCAAUUUACCUGUCUGCAGCAGCUGGCAGACGACACCUGCACUACAGGAGUGCUCGAGCUCAAAAGGAUCGGUUAGCGUGUGGCUUUCCGUAGCAAAAUCAUCGAUUCUCCACGGUGCCACCAAAUGAAUAGAUAGCUCGAAACUCGGAGGCAAAACAAAAAAUAAAACGCUCUGGAAAAUCCUUUUUCCCAACACCGACCGACAGAUGACGGAAACCCGAUACAGGAACAGCUUGCGGUAAGCUUGUUCCCUCAAGCUACAUUCUUGGCCAGGGGAAAUCCGAGAGUGCAAAAGUGUGCACAGUUUGCGUCUUCGUUGUUGUUGCUCUCGGAACGGAAAAAUCCCUCCCCGGGAGGGUGAAAAAGCUGCUCCAAAGUGUAUUGAAUUCAUUCCACUCGAGAAUGUGUGUGGCAUCAGCUUCGAACGCUUCGAAGCAACCGUGUAAGUAGUGUCGUGUUGCGUGUGCGUGUGCCCGUGCGUGUGUGUGUCAACGAGGGGAUGGGUAAAGGCGUCCUCCCGACACCACCCUCCAACUGCAUCCGGCCAGUGUGGUGAGUGUGGAAAAUCAAAGUAAUACCCAUAAACAACGGCUCGGCGGUGUGCGUGUGUGAGGAGAAGGCUGUAUGCGUGUGUUAGUGUGAUAACGUGUCGAGUGAAAGGGGGAGUUCAGUGCUAAAGAGUGGCUCAUUCAGCUGGAAAACAAGUGAUCACUUUCUAGGUCGUGUUGUGCCGUUUUCUUUUCGGGCUCGCCUCUUUAUUACAUUGUCUCCUGCCUAACCCAACGGCCAGUAGCACGGAGGAUUCAGGUUGCCGGUGUUACGGUGGAUGGGGCCCGACCGGGAAAUGAGUGCGCUUCCCCGGUGCAUGGGGGGACUGAUGAUUGGGGACCCCGGCUGCACCACUGCAACCCGCCGAUGGUAACGUGUGGUGAACGGGAUAAUCUAUUAAGUGGAUUUAUUAUGGUUUAAAUAAAGGAUUAUUAAGAAGAGCGCUCAACGCGAGCGCCUACGACGUGCAGGAGCGAACCAUACACAGACACGAAAGCGAGUGAAGGGAGAGAGGGAAAGGGGGAGAUACAUAAAGUGAAGCCCACACAGUCGGUAGAACGGGAAGAAACUCAAAGAUGAUAAUGAAAGCAAUACACUGCUCGCUGCUGGCAGCGCUGGCCCUGAAGCUGUUGGGUGUGUGCUACGGGUGCAAAAUUUCCGAAUACCCGUGCAAGGGUGGUGCCAGCUGUGUGCCGCUGGAUAAAUACUGUGAUGGACGUGAUGAUUGCGGUGAUGGCAAUGAUGAGCCGAAAAUGUGUACAGUGUGCAACCGGACGUACUACGGUGAUAUAGGGCGAACGUACACACUCACGGUACCGCCACCGCAGUGGAACCGGCUGCCAUUUCUCUGCCAUCUUACGUUUACCGCUUCCGGUCACGAACAGGGUGACAUCGUGCAGAUCAUUUUCGACAAAUUUACGGUUGGAAGGUUCGACGAAGGACUCAUCGAUCCGGAUAUGGAUUCGAGCGAUGCAAGCCUUACGAGCGGAGGCGAUCUGCCCGGAUGUCCGGAAGGAUUCAUGCAGCUCAGCGAAUUGGGACGCCCAUUCACCGGUGGAUCCUGGUGCGGGAAGGCUUCCGGUCAUCAGCUGUACUUCAGCGAAACAUCUACGGUGACAGCAUCUGUCAAGGUCUUUCAUGCGCCUAUGCAGGCAGGCACGCCGUUCGAAUUUCGCAUCCGGUACAAAUUCAUAAGUCAAUCAGAGGCUAUUGUCAGGUACGGUGCACCGAGCGAACUGCUGGAGCUGGGCCGUGUCACACCGGGUACGUACUGCACACGGCAGUACGAUGAAUGUUACCGGAAAAAGUGUCGCCUGCAGAGUCCAAACUAUCCCGGCAUGUAUCCGCGAAACGUCACCUGCUACUGGACCAUCCGGCAGAAGGUGGUGCCGACCUGCAAGCAUGCGAUGGUCGCCAUCAGCCAGGAAAACGAGCACAAAGCUCUUGUAAAGCGAUCCAUCGCCAGCCUAAACAAAACCUCCCGGGCGGUACGAGCCUGGUCGGACUGCACCGGCGAACGGGACCAUCUGAUCUUUUACGACGGCAGCAGCACCAACGAUCCGGUCCUGGCGAAGUACUGCGGCGGAGACUGGCUGCCACGCGUCGUUUCGCGUGGUCCGGAAAUGUUGAUCGCGUUCCAUUCGAGCCCCUUCUCAGCGCCGCUCCAGUCGGGACAAUCGAAUCGAGGGUUCGAGCUGGACGUCGACAUCCUGUUUGCCGACUCGGACUCGUACGACUUCGCCCAGGGCAGCAAGUGUGAGUUUCACAUCAACGCCUCCAAUCCAGAUGAAGUGCUUUUGUCGCGCCGGGGCAGGAUGGGCCAUCUGCUAAGUCCGCGGCAUACGCUCGCGCCGAACACGACCUGCACGUACUACUUUCACGGGAUGCCGACGGAUUUGAUUUGGAUUUCGUUCACUCACUAUCAUCUGCAGAUACUGCAGCCGAGCAGUAGCGGAAGCGAUAACUCCACCAUCGGAAGGAACGAAUCUCCCCUGCCAUGGAUUACGCGAACACGCAUUUGGGACAGUGCGGGUACAUUCGUCCCGGUGCGUACGACCUCUCCGGCAACCAUUCUAUCCUCGCCGGGAGGUCCUUCAACGACGGCGUACGGGUCGACACUCGGAGGUGUUGGAGGUGGAUCAUCGUUGAUGCCGGGGCUUACCACGACGACGGCACUCUACCAGCAGCUCAUGAAUCGAACCGUGAACAGCUACUACACCGGUGUCAAUCAGAACGGCAAGAGUCUCAAGAUCAACGUGGACAACGUGUGGAACCCGGUGGAUCAGUACAUCUACGGUCCGACGGUGAACAGUAUCUUUAACCAACCUCCACCGACAGCUCCCAGUGAGGGUUCUCGUGGUCGGAGCUCGGGAUAUGGAUCCUCCGGACAGGAUAAAUACUCCAAGCACAAGAGCAAGCCGGAGAUGGGUUCGGGCAAUUAUGUGCAGUCGGUACGGCAUGGUAAGGACUCGUCUGGUGGUUACGAUCUCGCCAAGGAUCAUGGACGGAAGGACCGGCAAUCAGCGAAAUCUUCGUACGGAUCACGUCGACUGAUGGCGGAGUUCUUCGACAAUGAGGCACCGAAGCUGUGCGACCAUAUGACACUGGAAAGUAAGGGCCAUCGGAUGAGACCUUGUACACCGUUGGAAAGCUACGUUAGCACUGGACGAGAUUUGAAAAUUGAAUUCCACACCAUGACCGGUACGUCACUGUUCCCGUCGAGCUUUGGCAUCAACUAUGAGUUUGUGGACACGGAGCUAGGUGGCGAACCGUACUUGGGCGAACAGAAGAAGGCACGCGAUCCACAGGAAGAUCUUACCCAGGCAGCCGAUCCUUCACUCCCGAUACUCUGUUCGCGUGUGUUCCGAAAGCGCAAGGGAGACUUCCAGUCACCGCGGAACGUAUUCCUGCAUGGUCGUGGUGGAGCAAAGAACAUUUCCUGUCUGUACCGGUUUGAAGCUUCCGUUGGGGAAAGGGUCCGCGUUGAGCUGUUUAAUGUGUCGUUCGGUGAGUUUGCGACCUGCGUCACGGAGAGCGAUGGGCACACGGGCCGAGCCCGCUGCAGUCCGUCCGAAAAUGAUCCCGAGAGUCGGAUCGGUGAGCUUCGCAUCUACGACGUCCCGUACCCGGAUGCACGGAUCCCGCUCGGUUGCUUCUGCGAUAACACCAGCAGCACCUACAACGCACCGCUCACAUUCAUCUCGAACUCACGCACACUGGAAUUGACGUUCAUCGUAACGAGGUUGAACAUUUCCGAGGAUUUUGCGGACGUUUACUUCCAUGCGGCGUACGACUUUAUACGGGUGCCCGAGUGCCGCCGGCGGUUGCGGUUACGGGGGUCGGGCGGGGAGGACGAGAUGAACUUUCCGCUCCGUUCGCACGAAGCGAGCUGCGACGGGUUGCCGUGGUACAUCGAGACACAGCAGCAGGACCGGAGCUUGUUCGUGCGGACGUGGGGAAGCUUUCUGCCGGUCGAACCGACGGCCGAUGACUUUUCCAAGUGUAAUACGCGCAACCGGCUGAUCGUGUACAGUGGUGUGCCGCUGAAGGUGAUGCGUGUGAUUUGUCCCUCACCACCGUCCAGCCGGUCCGCUGCGUUACACAUCUUCAGCGAGGAUUGGUUGAGCAAUCAGCCCUUCCUGACGUUUGACAGACCGGUAAGCAUGGUGCUGGAACCGAUACACAAGGAACCGGGCAGUAUAGGGUUCUCGUGGCUCGAAAUUCAACGGACAAAGGCGUCCCUCAUCCAGCAGCUGGAUCUGCAGUCAAACUUCACCACCAACGAUACGUUGGUCGAGUUUGGGCUGUAUCCACGUGAGACGGAGUGCGAGUAUCGGUGUCCAGAGCUGGACGCUUGCAUCGGCAGUGCGCUCUGGUGUGAUGGUCGACCCAACUGUCCGUCCGGGUACGACGAAAGCGAGCAGGAGUGUGGCAGUCGUCUCAUCGAACUGCCGGGCGGAAUAUAUGCAGCGUUCGGCUGUGUUGCGGCCGCCAUCUCCGCCUGUCUCAUCUUCUGUCUGCUGGUGAUGGUGAAAAAACGGCGCAAAGCGAACGAAAAGCUCAAACCGACGGUAGGUACGGGGGCUGCCUCGCUUAACGGCACCCUGUCGAAGAAGGACUACAAGAAGGAGCCACUGUUCUUUGAUCCGGACUCCUGACACGGGCUGCAACCGGUCGAAUACAUCCACGUCGACCGGGAAACGACCGUGUGACAUGCUGUCUACCUGGAUAUGGAUGAUCUGGCGUACUGCUAGAUCGCUUACCAAGUCUGUACCCCUCCAGCAUUCCUCUUUCCGCAAUCGGCCCCGCUUCUUUCCAUCCUCUUCUCUUCUCUCUUUCUCUCUCCCUCUGUUUUCCCAAUCCUUCUGUAAAACCCAGUGAAAUGAGUGAGCGAUCAUACAUAACCCUGCCCUCCCCGCCCCAUAUACACACAGCGUACAACCAAAAUCACAAACGGUAAGCGAAACAGUACAUAUGUACACUUCAGUUCUAGCGUGUCAAACGAGAUCUGACUGUGAACGCAACAAGUCAUCCACCAUCCAGGUGGCGCCCGAUGCCAGAUAGUAGCAGUGGCAGGGACAAAACCAAACUCCCAUUGUCCACGGCAUUACACAGGUCGAAUGUACUCGAUCACCCUAGAUUAAUCUAAUGAAAGUGGAACCUUCCCGCUGGAUGAUCUUUUCCCUUGCAAGAGCAAAAACAAAAAAGAUAGCUCUUGAUGACCUUCGCACCAUUCUGCUGCUGAUUGGUGAAAGGAAAGAUGUCCGAUCGGGUGGGCCAGUGAUGGGAAGCUACCGAUUCUACCGAGUGUUGGGUGGACGGUAAAGAUUGGGAAGCAAUCGUGGCACCAAACACUGUUUCCUAGUGAAAGAAAAACCAGAAAAAGUAUAUUUAAACUAUCUAGUUGAACAAAUGUAGCCAGCACGUAAAACAAAACCAAAACUAGAAGCACAAAACAAAAACAACAAAAACUAAACCAAAAUACAAAACCAAUCAGAAAGGGAGCUGAAGCUGAGAGUGAGAGCAUAGGAAGGUUCUGCCACGCGAGCCGAACGCGAACCGAACCGAAGAAUUGCGCCGGCCGGUAAGUUCUUCAAAGUGUAGCAUACCUUUCUAGUUCUCAUGUUUCUGAUGAAUUCUGAUUGCGCUCUUAUCGCGACUACACGAGGACACGAGGCGAUUGUCUUCGAUUUUAAAUGAUAGAUACAGUGAGCUACCCGGGAUAUGGGUAAGGUGAGACAUAGCUUAAAUAAGGGAAAGGUAAACUCCCCAUACGGUUGGGAGUGAUGAAAUCGCAUGUUGAUACCACUAAGUGGGACAAACCGAUCAAGCUGGAAAACAAGUGGAGUAGACGUCGAAGUUGUUACACUUUGUUAAAAAAACGACUUUGUUAAUCGUACGUUAGGGAAUAGGUUUAGUAUAGUGUGAGAGUUUGAGUUUUUUGUUUAGCAUAAAUAUUUCUUUAUGGCAAUCCGACUUGCUCGAUUGGAACUGUGACAGAACCAUUACCAGCAAGAGGGAUUCGAUUCUGGUCAUAUUGAUUUUUUUUUAAAUAUUGAGUAAUACUCUUAUUUUCCUAACAUUAGGAAGUAGAUAAGUCAAAAUGAUUGCCAAAAAAUGUCUACAUCACACUGUCAAAAUGUCACCACAAACGGAACUGCUUGAAGUUUAUGCUGCUUUCACGGGGCAAUGGACAUAAGAAAGAAAAAAAACUUCACUGCCACCAACUCUGUUCAAGACAAUUGAUUAGUUGAAAAGGCAUUUUACAUUAUUCCUAUAAAAAAUAGCAAAAUUGUACAUCACCUGUUUUGGUUUGGUGGGGUAAAGAGCAAAAGGGCAAGAACGCCGCACACUUUCAUACGUACGAAGCGUACAAUUUGCUCGUUCUUGGCAUUAGCACUUACGGACAGAAGAAUCGGACGUGGAACAGCUGAACGGAGUAGCUGAAAGAUGUAUUUUUUCUUAUCGCACGUUACCAAAGCCGACCGCUGGAGGUAUGAACAGGAACUGUUAAGUGAACGAGCGCGUAUAAACGGAAUCAAAAGAUUGACAGAGCAAGCAAACUGCAGCCGAAAGGUAAGGACACAAACAGGAAGUAACUAAGAAAUUAAGCUAGAUGAAAACACGAAACAGUAUAACCAGCGUAAAACAAAAUUUGACCUGUAGAGCAGAUGGUAGAAACAAAAAUCAAGUGCACCACAAAUAAGUGAAAAGCUGCAGCCAUUUUUCAUCGAAAAGCGGAACCUUUCAUCCAUUCAACAACACACAAAAAUAGAUACACGAAUGCACUCUAAAUUGCGACACUUUUAGGCCUUUGGUACACCGAAUCCUGGUUAAUGCUGGUUUGGUUAACGAUUCUGUUGCUAAAUGUCUGUCCUCUUGCACUAGGACGUCCUGAGGGAUCCACCUGUUCCCACUGUUCACUGUUUCUCUUUCUCUAUCCACUUUUCUCUCGUCUCUUCUUUCGCACUCUCACAGUCGAAUCAUUUCGACGGUCGAAUUGAUCCUUUUUCUACUUGUAAAAUAGCUGCUGCUCCUAGGAAUGCAUUAAAGUUUAUUUCUUCUUUGUUUUAUUUUCUACAAUCAUAUUGAUCGUACAUAAGUGUAUGUAAACUAGCGUAGUGUAGGUACAACAUAUUGUAUGCACAUUCCUGCUUCAGGAAGCGUUUCUGUGCACUGUCUCAACAACUCAAAGAAGAAUGAUUAAGCGUGUGAACGGGUAUAAGUGUGUGUGUGUGUGUGUGUAUGAAGCGAGUGAAAGUGCUGUUGAAUGUUUUCUUAUGCAAAGUGUUACAUAGAGCAAUUUAGAAAACAGUAUACAUCCAACGUAAAGAUAUUAAAAAAACCCUAAAACAUUGUUUAAACAGUGAAAAACGGAUGAAGAAAAAGCUAAAUCCUCGAUACGAAUGAACAAACAGUGAGAAAUGGAAAGAGAAAGAGAAAUAUUGGAAACAAAGGUGGAGAAAAGUGAAACACAACACUACUUUUGCAAAAGAAGAAAACCCAACAACCAAUGCAGUAUAACUAAUAAUAACCAAAGCAAAACUAACACAGGAAGUCGAAUGCAAAAGCGGCAACCGAAUUGAUAACUUUCGUGCACUAUUUGUACUAAACCAAAAAAAGACGGGGGCGAAGACGAUAACUUAAGGAAAAACUCGGACGAGCAGUUGCGGAACUCAUGUCCCACAAAGCACAGGAAAAUGUAAAUGUCCGUGUGUGUGUGUGUCUGUCUAUCAAUGACUUGUCUAAGCCUUUUCUUGUCUGUAAGAUUUGGAGUAGAAAAAAAACACACACACAUUUGCACAACGGUGGAGAACUGUUUUUCCUGUUGCGAAACCUGCAAGCUCAAUCGAACCGAAUGUUGUAGUAAGAUGCACAUUCGUGAAAAGCAAAACAAAAAAUGCACAUUUAAACCAAAGCAAAACCGAUAUUAUGUAAUGGAAAGCGAAGAAGGUGCCGAAAAACUCGAAAAACAGAUAAAGCCCAUUUAGGGAGAAGGGAAAACGGGAUCCUUACUUAGUCGAUAAUAGUGGAAAGAGCAAAUAAGUAUAAGCACAAAAUGAAAAUGAUAACAAAAAAGAAAAAUAAAAACACAUGAACAUAAAACAAAACUCCAAACAGUUGUUUGGUUUGACUUUGUUUAGGUGUAAAUAUAGUGAAACACUUGGUGAAAAUGCCUGUCAAGUGAAAACUCAAAAAACAGUGCAGGAAAACCAGAAAAAAGCGAGCAGGAAGGAAAAGAUUUAUAAAACGCAGACAGUGCAUGAGUCGUGAUCGGCAAAAGGGGAGUAAAUGCGUGUAGUAACUAGCUAACAAAGAAAAAAAAAGAGAGGGAAAACGGGAGAUGAAAAGUGGUAAACCAAACGCCAGAAGAGUAUAAAUUGAUGCAGGAAGCAAGCAAGUGGAGAAUAAUAAACAGUGGCCAAUGAAUGACCGAAACAAAGAAGAAAA